AUGACCAACGGUGCGACCCUCCCCACGACCCCGCCCACGACGGCGAAGAGGUCAAGGGCUGGCGAUGCUGAAGAAGAAGAGGAAGAAGAAGAAGAAGACGACUUUGAGGCCAUCAACACCAACAACAUCAUCAACUCUGGUCGCCGAACCCGCGGUCGCGUCAUUGACUUUGCCAAGGCUGCGCAGGAGAACCCCCGAUGA